AUGGAUUUCUUCACACUUUGUAUCAUUUCUGCGUCGGUGUUUACCCUGACGGCGCUUUACUUCUCUGCACCACGUAUCUUCAUCAGCAAUUCAAAUGGUCAGCCUGAGGGUACACCAGCAUACCAGUAUAUCUUGCUCAAGAUGAAAGCUGUCCUCAAUCCUCCUAACGCCGACAUUGCGACCCUUCUCAAGGAGCGAGCGGAUUCAAACCAAAGGCUGGUUCGCGCUCUUAAUCUUUCAAAUACUUUCGUCAGUCCCGAUCCUGCUACACACAAGGAAUUUGUCACACAGGCGCAGUCUCUCCUCACUAGUGCUAAGCGAAGAGGCUGGACCCAUUUCCAAGGGAUUGCAUUAGAGGCAGCGAGAUGGCAAAUAACACAAUUGGAUCAGUCAUCUCAAGAAAGUCCGGGCAUCCCAUUUGACUCUUUCAUCCAGAACGUCACACUCAUCGUCGUGCUCGUCGGCUUACUUCGAGUGGACAAACCCAUCGACUCAUUUUCAUAUCUUGACGUCUGCACUGUUGCAAAAAAUAUUACGACACUUUGGGCACUGUCCAAGCGGCCAGAGCCUAUACCUGCAACACUUUUGGAACAACUUUCAAACCAUCUAUCCGAACUCGUUGGCGCCGAAGAGGAGAAGUUUCCUUAUCCUCUCAAUUUUGUGGUGCCCGCGUGGGAGACCCUUUGGAGAGUUGUGGCAACUACGGUUGCGUAUUCGUACAACGAUGAGACCGUUUGCGAAGAAUUCUGCACGUUUAAUUCGUCGCCAUCUGAAGAUGCAUUCCGAGGAGAGAAACAAUUAGGGGAGGAUGCACCACACCUCUCUCGUCAUGUAUCUAUCAAAUCGGUCGUCAACGAGGCAAUGAGACUGCACCCACCUUCAAAACGGAUUGCCAGAGUACGACGACGCGCAUGGUGCCCAUCUUUCAUCGAUAUAUGGACUAAACCAGACAACACAUUGACCAGACGGAAACACCACGCGGACGUCGAGAGACUUUUGCGAUGCCAAGAUGUGUGGGGAUUGGAUGCAGAAAAAUUCAGGCAUUCACGACACGACACCCAACUGGAAGGUUUACCUCAGGAGCGGGAAGAGUCUAUGGGUUUUGUGUUUGGACAUGGGCCGCUCCGGUGUAUCGCAGCAUCUUGGGCACCGCUGGCUGCUGCCGUUAUUUCAGGAGCUAUUAUCGAAAGCCUUCGCGCGGAUAAGUAUAACCUAGAUUCGGGAGAAGCUAUUGGCGGAAGAGAUGGAUGGGCCGGGUGGUCCUUUAACAAGAUAUAA